AUGCAUCCCAUAGGUGUGGGCUCCGAAGUUCCCGCCUCGUCAUCGCACUGUGUUGCGUGGGAGACGGAGGUACGGCAACCCACACACGAGGAGGAAACGCGGCGUCUGACGCGCGAGGAGGAGAUUAAGUACACGCGGGCCGUGCAGGAUCUGCUGAGAUUAAGGAGGUCGCGAGAGCGGUGUGGCGCGGUUGAGUUGUGUUCGUUCUCGAAUUUGCAGCACGUGGUCUUGUCUGCUGAGACAGCUUAUGAGGAGACUAGGAAGGGGGAGGGGGAGAGGGAGGAGCGGGAGAGGGAGGGGAGGGGAAGGGAGGGGAUGGAGAAGGAGGAGUGGGACAUGGAGAGGAGGGGAAGGGAGGGGAUGGGAAAACUACUGGAUGCGAAUGGUGGGAUGGUGGUGGGUCUGGUGCGGAGAUAUGCGAGCAGGAGAGUGACUGUGGGGAGGGAGGAGUAUGAGAAAGAGAAGAGGGGUAGGGAGGGUUUGGAGAAGCUGAUGGGUGCGAAUGGUGGGAUGGUGGUGGGUCUGGCGCGGAGAUAUGCGAGCAGGAGAGUGACUGUGAGGAACUUGAUCGUGGCAGGAUACGGGGGGCUUAUAGAGGGGAUAAAGAGAUUCGAUCCUGGCCGUGGAUUCCGGCUCUCCACGUACUGCUAUUGGUGGAUCCGACACGCCAUCAUCCAAUCAGCCGUGGACCAAUCUUCCAUAAUCAAGCUCCCUGCAUACAUGCACCGUCAGCACAUGCUCGCCAGUCGGCGCCCCGCACCGCCAUCCACGUCAGCACUGCCGUCCACGUCAGCACCACCGGUUGAGUCAAAGCAGAAUCGCAGACUCACCCCGGGAUCUGUGCGCUCGCCUCGGUCUUUGGAAGGGGACGUGGGGACAGGGGAGAGCCUUGGGUCCACCAUCCCCGACCCCGCUAUUGAGUGCUCUGAGAUUCGCUACAUGCAGCAGGAGGUGCAGGGAGCGCUGAGGCAAGCCAUUCUCGGGCUUCCCCUCCUCCCUCUAGUGCUUGUGCUCGUGCGCGUGGAGCUCUUUGUCAUGCGCGUGCAGCUCCUCCUUAUGUGCCUUGUCUGGUGCAAACUCCUCGAUCCAGUCCAGCGUGAUGCUCUUUCUCCUUCCCCUUGUUCAUGCUUGUGCCCCCCCACCUCCCUCUAG